AUGUCUACUGGCCAUUACGACGAUGGCUACGGCCAUCAAGGCCACGGUGAUGCCUAUUACCAGGACGAUCAACAUGGGUACUACGAUCAAAACGAGUACUCGAACUACGGAGACGGUUACUAUGACCAGAGUGGUCAUUAUGGCGAUAACCACGGCGAACAUCACGGUGAACAUUACGGUGAACAACACGCGGGCGGCGGCUAUUAUGAAGGUGGUCAAGACAACUACUACAACGAGCAGUACUAUGAUCAGGGCCAUGGCGGACAUCCUGAUUACUCUCAAAACGGCCGCGGCCGUCGACGUGGAGACUCUGAAGAGGAUUCGGAGAGUUUCAGUGAUUUCACCAUGAGAUCCGAAACUGCUCGUGCAGCUGAUAUGGACUACUACGGCCGUGGCGAUGAACGUUACAACAGCUACAAUGAAAGUCAGAUGGGAGGCCAAGGAUACGGAUACCGACCACCAUCCUCUCAGAUCUCAUACGGAGGAAACCGCUCUUCAGGCGCGUCGACCCCAGUUUAUGGCAUGGACUACAACAACGCUCUCCCGGCUGGCCAACGCUCUCGCGAGCCAUACCCAGCCUGGACUUCGGAUGCUCAAAUCCCCCUUUCCAAGGAAGAAAUUGAGGACAUCUUCUUGGACCUAGUCAACAAAUUUGGGUUCCAACGUGACAGCAUGAGGAACAUGUAUGACCAUUUCAUGACUCUCCUCGAUUCCCGUGCGUCUCGUAUGACCCCAAACCAGGCCCUCCUCUCGCUGCAUGCCGACUAUAUUGGUGGUGACAAUGCCAACUACCGCCGUUGGUACUUUGCUGCUCAUCUCGACCUCGACGACGCCGUGGGAUUCGCCAACAUGCAACUUGGAAAAGCCAAUCGUAGAACUCGAAAGGCCCGUAAAGCCGCUAAGAAGGCUGCUGCCCAAAACCCCGAGAAUGAGCAAGCUACGCUUGACGCAUUGGAAGGCGACAACAGCUUGGAAGCUGCUGAAUUCCGCUGGAAGACUCGCAUGAACCGGAUGUCUCAACAUGAACGUUGCCGACAGAUCGCCCUAUUCCUUCUCUGCUGGGGUGAGGCGAACCAAGUCCGAUUCACACCUGAGUGUCUGUGCUUUAUCUUCAAGUGUGCCGAUGACUACUUGAACUCCCCUGCUUGCCAGAACCGUGUUGAGCCUGUGGAAGAGGGCACCUAUCUCAACAAUGUCAUCACUCCUCUGUACAGCUAUCUACGUGAUCAGGGUUAUGAGAUUUACGAUGGUAAAUAUGUUCGUCGUGAGCGUGACCACGCCCAGAUCAUUGGAUACGAUGAUGUCAAUCAACUCUUUUGGUACCCCGAGGGUAUCGAACGGAUCAUCCUUGAGGACAAGACGCGCAUUGUGGAUAUACCCCCUGCAGAGCGAUGGGAAAAGCUCAAGGAUGUCAACUGGAAGAAGGUGUUUUUCAAGACCUAUCGCGAGACUCGAUCCUGGUUCCAUCUGAUUACCAACUUCAACCGUAUUUGGGUUAUUCACCUGGGUGCUUUCUGGUUUUUCACGGCCUACAAUGCGAAAUCAUUAUACACCAAGGACUAUCAGCAACAACUCAAUAACCAACCUCCUGGUUCUUACUCAUGGUCAGCGGUGGGUCUAGGUGGCGCACUCGUCACUCUUAUCAACAUUUUCGCGACUCUUGCCGAGUGGGCAUAUGUACCACGCAGAUGGGCUGGUGCACAGCACUUGACCAGACGUCUUUUGUUCUUGCUCGCCGUCUUCGCCGUCAAUGUCGGACCUGCUGUAUAUGUUUUCGGUAUAUCAAAAGACGGCACAGAUUCUAUCGCACUGGCUCUCGGUAUCGUUCAGUUCUUCAUCGCUUUGGCCAGUUUCUUUUUCUUCUCCGUCAUGCCACUUGGUGGUUUGUUUGGCAGCUACAUGAAGAAGAACACACGUCAGUACGUUGCUAGCCAGACAUUCACAGCCAGCUUUCCUCAACUCAGUGGAAAUGGUAUGUGGAUGUCUUACGGUAUGUGGGUUUGCGUGUUCGCCGCCAAAUUGGUUGAAUCCUACUUCUUCCUCACGCUCUCUUUCAAGGAUCCCAUUCGUAUUCUCCGCCCAAUGAAGAUCCAAAACUGUCUGGGUGACAAAAUCAUUGGUGAUAUUCUAUGCCACGCGCAACCCCAAAUUCUUCUUGGGUUGAUGUUCUUCACCGAUUUGACCCUCUUCUUCCUGGAUAGUUAUCUGUGGUACAUCAUUUUGAACACAAUCUUCUCAGUGGCACGCUCCUUCCACCUGGGUGUUUCUAUUUGGAGUCCCUGGCGAAACAUCUUCUCACGUUUGCCUAAGCGUAUCUACUCCAAGGUUCUGGCUACCACAGAUAUGGAAAUCAAAUACAAGCCCAAGGUUUUGAUCUCCCAAGUCUGGAACGCUAUCGUCAUUUCUAUGUACCGUGAGCAUCUCCUGGCUAUCGACCACGUGCAGAAACUUCUCUACCAUCAAGUUCCUUCUGAGCAGGAAGGCAAGCGAACAUUAAGAGCCCCCACCUUCUUUGUCUCUCAGGAGGAUCACUCGUUCCGCACAGAGUUCUUCCCCACUCAAAGUGAAGCCGAGCGUCGUAUUUCGUUCUUUGCUCAGUCUCUUUCCACCCCGAUUCCGGAGCCUCUACCUGUCGACAACAUGCCCACUUUCACUGUCUUGAUUCCUCACUACAGCGAAAAGAUCCUUCUUUCACUUCGUGAGAUCAUCAGAGAGGAUGAACCUUACUCCCGUGUUACCCUUUUGGAAUACUUGAAGCAGCUUCAUCCUCACGAAUGGGACUGCUUUGUUAAGGAUACCAAGAUUCUCGCAGAUGAGACAUCCCAGUUCAACGGCGAGUAUGAGAAAUCAGAAAAGGAUGCUGCGCGAAGCAAGAUUGAUGACCUUCCCUUCUACUGCAUUGGUUUCAAAUCCGCUGCUCCAGAAUAUACCCUCCGUACUCGUAUUUGGGCCUCUCUCCGCACUCAAACUCUUUAUCGUACAAUCUCUGGUUUCAUGAAUUACAGCCGUGCAAUCAAACUUCUCUAUCGGGUUGAGAACCCCGAGGUUGUGCAAAUGUUUGGCGGUAACUCCGACAAGUUGGAACGUGAAUUGGAAAGAAUGGCGCGCCGCAAGUUCAAAAUUUGUGUCUCUAUGCAACGUUAUGCCAAGUUCAACAAGGAAGAGCGUGAAAACACAGAAUUCCUCCUCCGUGCUUACCCGGACCUCCAAAUAGCUUACCUUGAUGAAGAACCUCCUGCCAACGAGGGCGAGGAACCCAGACUGUACUCUGCUCUCAUUGAUGGACACUCGGAGAUCUUGGAGAAUGGCCUUCGCAAGCCCAAGUUCCGCAUUCAGCUCUCCGGCAACCCCAUUCUUGGAGAUGGAAAGUCCGAUAACCAGAACCACUCCAUCAUUUUCUAUCGUGGUGAAUACAUUCAAUUGAUCGAUGCCAACCAGGAUAACUAUCUCGAGGAAUGUUUGAAGAUCCGUAGUGUCCUUGCCGAGUUUGAGGAAUUGACCACUGACAACGUUUCCCCGUACACUCCUGGUGUUUCUACCCCCAAAACCGACCCGGUCGCUAUUCUUGGUGCUCGUGAAUACAUUUUCUCUGAGAAUAUUGGUAUCCUUGGUGAUGUCGCUGCUGGAAAAGAACAGACUUUCGGUACCCUAUUCGCCCGUACUCUUGCUGAAAUUGGUGGCAAACUUCACUAUGGUCAUCCUGAUUUCCUGAACGGCAUUUUCAUGACUACUCGUGGUGGUGUCUCCAAGGCCCAGAAGGGUCUUCAUCUGAACGAGGAUAUUUACGCCGGUAUGAAUGCCGUUCUCCGUGGUGGAAGAAUUAAGCACUGUGAAUACUUCCAAUGCGGAAAGGGUCGUGAUCAAGGUUUUGGUUCUAUUCUCAACUUCACAACCAAGAUCGGAACUGGUAUGGGUGAACAAAUGCUGUCCCGUGAAUACUACUACCUCGGCACCCAACUUCCAUUGGAUCGUUUCUUGUCGUUCUACUAUGCUCACCCUGGUUUCCAUGUCAAUAACAUGUUCAUCAUGUUGUCUGUGAACAUGUUCAUGAUCACAAUGAUCAACCUCGGUGCCCUACGACACGAAACCAUUCUCUGCCGAUUCAACUCCAAUCUUCCUAUCACGGAUCCCUUGAUGCCCACCGGUUGCGCCAACCUCGUACCUAUCACUAACUGGGUCAACCGUUGCAUUGUGUCUAUCUUCAUCGUGUUCUUCAUUUCUUUCGUUCCUCUAGUGGUUCAAGAAUUGACUGAGCGAGGUGUUUGGCGCGCGGCAACCCGUCUUGCUAAGCAAUUUGGUUCUCUUUCCUUCAUGUUCGAGGUGUUCGUUUGCCAAAUCUAUGCCAACGCCAUUCAGCAAGAUCUUUCGUACGGAGGUGCCAGAUAUAUCGGUACUGGUCGUGGUUUCGCAACUGCUCGUAUCCCCUUCGGUGUUCUUUACUCUCGCUUCGCUGGACCCUCAAUCUACCUCGGCGCUCGAUGCUUGCUCAUGUUACUUUUCGCUACGGCGACCAUGUGGACUGCCGCUUUGAUUUGGUUCUGGGUUUCCUUGAUGGCUCUAUGUAUUUCCCCAUUCUUGUUCAACCCUCACCAGUUCUCGUGGAACGACUUCUUCAUCGACUAUCGCGACUAUCUCCGAUGGCUGUCUCGUGGCAACUCCAGAUCCCACAACUCUUCAUGGAUUGCUUUCUGUCGUCUGUCUCGUACCAGAAUCACUGGAUACAAGCGCAAGGUCCUUGGUGUUCCAUCAGAGAAAUUGUCGGGUGACGUGCCGCGUGCUCGUAUCACCAACAUCUUCUUUUCCGAGAUCCUUGGUCCUUUGGUCUUGGUUGCAGUCACACUCGUUCCUUAUCUCUACAUAAACGCUCGUACUGGUGUUACUGACAACAACCCAGUGGCGACCAAUGCGCUUCUCCGUAUUGGUAUCGUGGCUUUCGCUCCCAUCGGUGUCAAUGCUGGUGUUGCGGGCGCCAUGUUCGGCAUGGCAUGCUGCAUGGGUCCUCUCCUGAGUAUGUGUUGCAAGAAGUUCGGUUCUGUACUUGCUGCCAUCGCCCACGGUAUCGCCGUCAUUAUGCUCCUUGCUAUUUUCGAAGUCAUGUUCUUCUUGGAAGGUUGGAGUUUCCCCCGUUGUGUUUUGGGCAUGAUCUCCAUGGCAGCCAUCCAGCGCUUUGUCUACAAAUUGAUCAUUGCUCUUGCAUUGACCAGAGAAUUCAAACAUGACCAAUCCAACAUCGCUUGGUGGACUGGAAAAUGGUACAACAUGGGUUGGCACUCUCUCUCCCAGCCGGGUCGAGAAUUCCUCUGUAAGAUUACUGAGCUCGGUUAUUUUGCCGGCGACUUUGUUUUGGGUCACCUCCUCCUCUUCUGCAUGCUCCCCGCUCUAUGCGUGCCAUACAUCGACAGAUUCCACUCUGUCAUUCUUUUCUGGCUUCGUCCUAGCCGACAAAUUCGUCCUCCUAUCUAUUCGUUGAAGCAGUCCAAGCUCCGCCGCCGUCGCGUGAUUCGUUACGCCAUCCUUUACUUCGUCAUGCUUGUGCUCUUUGUUGUCCUCGUCGUGGCGCCUUUGGUCGUUCGUCGUCUCAACAUCAAACUGCCCUCAAUUCCGGACAACCUUAUGCAACCGUUGGAUGCCGGCGAGGCCCAUAACGACACUCACACCUACUAUACCGGCUCUGGACUACCCGCCGGAUUCGUCGCAUAUUCCGGUGGUGACACCGGCAGCAAGAGCACCAGCACUGCUGGCGCGAAGAUGAUGUUUAUGUUCUAG